CGGAGGACUAGUACAAGGAAUCAAGUAGAGCAGCGUGCCCUUUAUCUCCACUCGGUUUUGACACAUCGAUCGGGUUCUGCUUCUAUGCUCUCCCUCAUUUACACGGAGAUUCUAAAGAUGCUUCGUAUGUGGGGUCUCCUAAAUUUUGACGUGGAGAUUUUCUUCCCUCAUGAUUCAUACAGUUGUCCAAAAGGGUAUCACAAACAAAAGAGCAAGGAAUCUGAUCAAUCACAUAUUAUGACUACACAAACUUUACUAGUGGAGAUGUUGAAAGAUUUGAAGCAUGCUUUCUGGCCAUUUCAACUUAAUCAUACUAGAAGUCUGUUCCUAAGGGCAGCACAAGCUGCUCACUGCUCCAAUGGAUCCAACAACACUAAAGAAAGUGCUGUGGAGAUUGCAUCUGCCAAGGCUGCUCAGCAUAGGCUGCAACGAGGUGUUUGGACCAGUGUUCGUUUUGGGGAUAUGAGACGUGCACUAUCUGCGUGUGAACGUCUUAUCCUACUCCAAACUGAUCCAAAGGAACUAAGAGAUUAUGCUGUUCUUCUUUACCACUGCGGAUUUUAUCAGGAAACACUGCACUACCUCAAGCUGUACAUGGAUACUAAGAAGUCCUCUACAUCGGAGCAAUCAUCCCGUUCAACUAGUGACAUGGAGGAAGAUGCUGUGGAGAAACUAAUGGUUCGACUUAACCUCAUUUUGAUGGAGGGUUGGUCUAGCGACUCAGAUAACAGAAAUUUCAUUUUCAACAAUUCUGAACCAUGGUAACCUCCGGCAUCUAAUUCAGAACUUCCAAUCAUUGUCAUAAUAGAAUCUUUGCUGCAAUAGAGUUCGAUUUUAGGAUGGGUUUAUAGUGUCCGUUUAAUAAAAUUUUUGCUUUUGUUUCUUGUAGAAAAGUUUCUUGAGGUAACUUUCUCUAAAAACUCUUAGUCACACACAUUAAAAGAUGUUAAGAAAAAACAUCU